UUUUGUGUUGCUUUUUUUGUGUGUCGAAAUCUGUACAAUGAAACGCCUUGGGGGGGAUGUCCUUUGCCUAAAUGAAAGCCCUUGCAGAGUGCUCUGACAGGAACCGAUACAACAGAUACAGAUACAGAUACGGGGCUAGCCAUGAGAUACAUAUCAUCCGAAUACUAACUGUAAAUGCCACAACAGGGGGACAAGGAAAUAUACAUAAAUAGGAGCAUAGAAAAACACCAAGAAAAGGGACAGGGACAAAGAUAGGACACGCACACAAAAUGAAUACACAGGAGGAUGAGGAUCGGGAGGGCAUGCCGCCCAUCAGCACCACCACAUUCGGCAUACCCAACGAUCCGGCGCUGCUGGACGAGUAUGAGCUGUACCGCCCAUCGAUGGGCACCCGGCGGCUGGUCAGCGAGCUGCAUCGUGAGAUCUACCCAGAGGCCUUCAUCGAGCACGAACGGCUGGGCACCUUGGCGGAUCUGUGUGUGCGGGCGCUGGCCAAGAACCAAGGCACUCUGCACAUUGCAUUGCCCGUGCAGGAGGAUCCGCUGAAGCUGCGCAUCCACUACGACUCCAUUGACGUGGACCUGCCGCUGCGGGAGUGCUACUUUGUGGAGGAUUUGCGGUAUUGGCGGCGCGUGGUGCUGGCCAAGAGCUCCGACAAGUCGCUGGCGCUGAAGAAGCUCGCGGAGUACGACUGGCGGGGCAAGGGGAUCAGCAUCAAGUACGUGGAGAUGGUGGAGUCCUGUCCGGCGGCAUUCUGGCCGGAGCGCGAGAUGGCCGAGCUGGCGGGACUCGUGCGGGAGCAUGUCCGCACCAUGGACAUCCGCCAUCUGCAGUCCCGCACGGAGGAGAGCUUCCAGCCUCAGAUGCAGAGCAGCGACUCAGAGCCGGACGUCACUUCGGAGGAGUCUGAGGAGCUGAUCAUUUCCAGCGAUGAGCGCAACACCUCAUCCGAGUUUCCGGAUGAGCAGGAGGAGGAGUGCUCCGAGGAGCAGUCUGCAAUGGAGCAGCCCCAGCAGCAGCCACAACUGGAGCAGAAGUCGUCGCACACCAAGCCCAAGCAGGCGAAGAUAAUUUUCAAUGAAUUGGAAAGCACCGAUCAGGAGCAGUCGGGAGCGGCAGCCGGACAGGCCGACGAAGGGGCGUACCUUGUGGAAGGCAUCCAGGAGGAUAAACGCGUGGGGCGUGCUGCACGCAACGCCGUGCGCCAGCAGCUGCGUGACAUGCAGGCCGCCAAGAGGGAGCAGCACGAGCAGCGGCAGCACCGUCGCACCCUGAUGCGUCAGAAACCCGUUGAGGAGCCGCUGAAGAAGAGCCGCAAGAGCCGCAAGACGGUCAUGGGCGUCUUCAACAUGAAGGUGGAGGCUGAGAAGGAGGACGAAGAGGAGAAGAUUGUCGACAAUCGCAACAAGCAGAAGCUGCUGGCACGCAUCAAGCGCUUCGACUACCCCUCGGAGUACUGCCACCAUGUGGACCUGAGUUUUGUGCGCUUCUUCGAUAAUCUCGUCUCGCUCACCCUCGAGUUCCUGGGGCCGCACAUGGGGCGCGAGUUCCACAGGCGGCACCUGCGCUUCUCCCUGGAGGACAUGUUGCGGCUGGCCAGGGGUCUCCAGGCACUCGACAAGCUGCAGAUCUUCCGCCUGCGCAACAGCCGCAUGGACCAGCUCAAGCUGCACGCCCUGUGCGGUGGCCUCAGGGACCUGAAGGCAUUGGAAGUGGUUGACUUUGGCUACGACCAGAUGUCAGACGACUGUGGCGCCACCUUGGGCUCCCUGCUGAAGCGCGAGACCAUGCUGAAGGCCCUGGAGCUGGAGUACAAUCAGCUGGACCUGAACGCAGCCUCGGCCAUUGGCGCUGCCCUGAUGCAGCACCACCAGGAUGCGGGGGCGAUGCACCUGCAGUACCUGGGCCUGGCCCACAAUCGCAUGAGUGACAAGGCGCUGUCGACGCUUGUCCACUACAUCGUGGGCACCGACCAUGUGGAGGAGCUCAACGUUUCGGCCAUUACGGCCCGCAAGGAGGUGGUGGCGGAUAGUCUGGGCUACUUGCUGCGCAACCAUCCGCCACUGCGGCGACUGGAUCUGGCGGCCAUACCGAUGAACAGCACCGUGGGCCGGAGACUUGUCUGCGCCCUGGAGCGCAACCAGAGGGUCACGCACUUUGACUGUCGCGGCUGCGACAUGGACAGCGACGAGGAGUUUGAGGCAUCCAUUAUAGUGAGGCGCAACGCCUUCCAGACGGAUCACUCGUACAUCGGGGACGAGACCAAAACGGAGCAGGACAUACAGGAGCACUUCAAGAGCAUCAAGCACCCGCUGGUGCAGAAGCUCGAGGGCGAGAGACAACGCCAGGCUGAGUGCCUCAAGGUGCGUCCCCCUCUGGCCAGCACACCCAGCGAGACCAGCAUGAGAUCCCUGGCGGAGGAAAAGGAGGAGCCAGAGUACGACAUUUGGGCCGAGUUGGGCAUCAAAACUAAACUCUCAGCCCACCAAGUGCCAGAGCCCUCCGUGUCCAGCCACAGCUCAGUGUCCGAUAAGGGUCCCUUUUACUUCGAUCCGAACAGCUUCGAUCUGGAGCAGUUCCGGGAGCACAUCCACCACCAGGGCAUUGGCAAUCGCUACUACUACUUCAAGAGCCGCAGGGAACAACGCUGAUCUGAUCUGAUCUCAUCCACCAUCCUAGGGAUAUGUUAUCUAGGGAUUUUUUGUUAUUUGUUAGUUCGAUUUGAUCCAAAUCUAAAGUCGUUAGGAGGAGAUUCACAGAACACCCAAACGUUUAACGUUUGGUAUCCAUUGUGGGACCAUUAAAGCAUGUUCAAAUUCGGA